AUGUUGACUGAUUAUUGCCACUGGUCUUUUGGAUCAAUUGAAUUGCAAAAGCUAGCUAUUGUUAAAUUCGGCUACUUGUCUGCUUUCUUUCCUGGUGAUAAGUUUGUGAAAAUCGUUAUACCUAAAUAUACAGGCAAUCUAAAGUACCAUACGACUGAUGAAGGGUAUGUGAAUUCGUGUUCUAGCACUGAAGCAGUAAAUAAGAAUAUAAUCUGGAAAAACAGUAACACACCGCCUGCGCGGAAAUCAUUCCGAAAGGUUAAAACUCAGGACACUGCUUCAACACUGUCCACUACCAACGGACAAAAUAAAACACCUUGUUCAUCAACCAAAGUACCGACCAGUGCUUUUUGUCAUCUACUGUCAGAACCGCAUAACCGGAUGGCGACUACGGUGCAACAUGCACCAAUGACUGCACCGUCAUCUUCCAGUUCCCAUCAUCAUGCCGCUGCUGGAGGCAAUGGUUCGCAUACCAAUACCCAAAUAUCCUCUCAUCAUGGAGCUCACCCAAGUUCAAGCUCCCAUCAUGGCACUGGUAGUGGAUUUCAUGGAAAUCAUCGUUCUUCGAAUCUGAAUGCAACUCGUGUGCAAAGCAGGUCGCGAACCACUGAUGACCCACAUAUUGGGAAAUAUAAGUUGCUCAAAACAAUUGGCAAAGGAAAUUUUGCUAAAGUUAAGCUAGCCAAGCACAUUCCUACGGGUAUCGAGGUUGCGAUUAAGAUAAUCGACAAAACUGCUCUCAAUCCAGGCAGUCUACAUAAGUUAUUUCGAGAAGUAAAAAUAAUGAAACAGUUGGAUCAUCCAAAUAUUGGUAUGCUAGAAACAAUACUUCCAUUAAAUUAA